AUGGGCCGGUUGGUUGGGAACGUGAUAGUCCUUUCUGCAGCAGCACAAGGCAUUGGAAAAGCUUCUGCUAUAGCUUUUGCCAAGAAAGGUGCCCAAGUCACUGCUACAGAUAUCAAUGGAGAGAAACUUAAAGAGCUGGAUGGCAUUGAAGGGAUCAAAACCAAAGUUGUUGAUGUUAUCAAGAAAGACAAGGUAAAGUCCAUGGCCAAGGACUUUGACUAUAUGGAUGUGCUCUUCAAUGUUGCUGUAUUUGUCCAUCAUGGCUCAAUACUGGAGUGUGAGGAAUCGGAUUGGGACUUCACUAUGAACGUGAAUGUCCGUAGCAUGUACCUGAUGAUCAAGGCCUUCCUGCCUAAGAUGCUGCCUCGUAAAUCUGAUAAUAUCAUCAAUAUGGCAUCUGUGGCAUCUAGUAUCAAAGGAGUUGUGAACAGAUGUGUCUACAGCAUGACUAAAGCUGGACUGACCAAAUCAGUGGCAGCUGAUUUCCUGGAACAGGGGAUCCGCUGCAAUUGUAUCAGCCCUGGAACUAUAGAUACGCCUUCAUUACGACAGAGAAUUCAGGACAGGCCUGAUCCAGAGCAGGCUUUUAAAGACUUUAUGGCCAGACAGAAGAUUGUGCACUGCAGAGAAAGUGGCACAUCCGUGUGUGUACUUGGCCUCAGAUGA